AUGAGCCAACACAAAGCACAAGAAGUAAGUCCUGCUAACUUUGAUUGGAUAAAAGAUGUGUGGAAUAGCAAAUGCUCACCUAAAAUGAGAAUAUUUCUGUGGUCGAUAAUACAAAAUGCUCUCCCUCUGGGAGAGGCAUUGAAUCAGCGUGGAAUCCAAAACGAAGCUCUCUGCGUCAAAUGCAAACAGAAAGAGUCAGCUAUGCAUAUAUUCUUUCAAUGCCCCUUUGCUAUAGAAGUAUGGAACUUGUUACCUCUUCAUCGAGUAGUUCACCUAGCUACGGAUUGCGACUUCAAAAAAGCGGUGGUGGCAUUUAGAAACAUCGUCUGCCUCCCGCCUUCAGGCGUAACGACAGCUAUCCUCCCGUGGAAAAUCCUCACACCUACAGAAACAGCAACAAAGGCAGUAAGAUUAGCAAGGGAAUGGAUCAAUGCUCAACCACAUAAGGAAACUGAACAGAGAGGAGUACCUACUUUACCAGAAGCAACUCGAUCGAGAUCGGCGAGGGAACUAGUACCAACUUGCAAAUCAGAUGCCGCUUUCAAUCAACAAUCGAAUCGGGCAGGAUUGGCGUGGAUCAUCUAUGAUGCAUCUGGGAAACCUCUACGGCAGGGAUCGUCAUCUCAAGAGCUCGUCGCCUCUCCUCUGGUAGCGGAAGCACUGUCACUCCGCGCUGGAAUAGUCUCUGCAGUAAGCCUUGAGCUUCCAAAGCUCAAGAUGCUUUCUGACAAUGUAACGCUCAUCCGAGCUAUAAACAACGACGCACAGGCUAAGGAAAUCUAUGGUAUCGUCAAGAGCAUCCAGCAGAUCGCCUCUGUGUUUGUCGAGAUCACCUUUGAUCACGUCUCUCGAUCUUCCAAUGUGGAAGCCGACCGACUCGCGAAACUAGCUUUACUUUCUUCUUCUUCGUUUAUAUCGAACCCUUGA